CCAUCUCAAGGUCAUCGCAUACGUCUCUCGAAUAUCUCUGCCGUCUCCUCUAAUCUAUCGUCCCGAUUCCAUUUCCCCUGUUCGAUUCCUGAUGGCACCGAAGGCGGAGAAGAAGCCCGCGGAGAAGAAGCCGGCGGCGGAGAAGGCACCGGCGGCGGCGGAGAAGGCCCCCGCCGAGAAGAAGCCCAAGGCCGGGAAGAAGCUCCCUAAGGAGGGCGGGUCGGACAGGAAGAAGAGGACCAAGAAGAGCGUGGAGACCUACAAGAUCUACAUCUUCAAGGUGCUGAAGCAGGUGCACCCGGACAUCGGGAUCUCCAGCAAGGCCAUGGGCAUCAUGAAUUCCUUCAUCAACGACAUCUUCGAGAAGCUCGCCCAGGAGUCCUCCCGCCUCGCCCGCUACAACAAGAAGCCCACCAUCACCUCCCGGGAGAUCCAGACCGCCGUCCGGCUCGUCCUCCCCGGCGAGCUCGCCAAGCACGCCGUGUCCGAGGGGACCAAGGCUGUGACCAAGUUUACGAGCUCUUGAAGCAGGGGUGGGAAGUUCCAUGGCGGUGGAUCGUCCGUGGGUUGCGGCGGCGUUCGGUAGAUAGGCUUAAUUUUUAGCGGAUUAGGGUUUAGGACUUAGUUUGGCCGUUCCUUUUUUUUAAUAGCGUUUUUACGUUUUUUUUUAUAAAACGUCAUAUGAAGUUCGGAUCCUGCUGUGAAUGACAUAUGAACGAUUGGUCUGGUCGAUGAUAGAUCCGUUACAACACCUUAAUUUAUGAAUUACUGUUCGACUUGCAGUUCUUUUAUCUCUUCGAAAUGUGAAAUGAUCGAUUAAAGUUGCAA